UUCCAAAAGUUAAACUGAUUCAUGUAUGAAAAAUAAAAAUACUCAAGAAACAUUUAUGUAACGCAAUUUAGUCAUUUUUAACGUUAAAAGAUGUAACGUUUUUAGUCUUUUUUUCUCGUCAAAAUCGACUGAAAUUUCAGUGUAAACCAACUGUAUGAAUAUUCGGAACGCUACCCAGCAUCUUUCAAAUUCAAACAUUUGAAAUGACAACCUUUGCAAACAACUCUGUGCCAAACGAACUGAAUAAACAUCUUACAAGAAUUCGAUUUGUGUAUUGAUUUCGUUUUGGGCGCGUGAAUUGGAAAGAAACAGCAGAACCGACACAUCUCUUCCAUUUCACACAACACAACACAACAGACUCAUUCGCUACUGUGGCUUAGUGUUGUAUUUGUUUAUUUUGGUUCCGUUAUGAGAUUAUAUUCCGCAUGAGUUUCUGCAUCGACACCAGUCAAAUCCGAAUUUCGUCACGAAAAUUAGCGCGUUGAAGAGAGUUAACUCGUUGAAGAGAGACAAUUGUCACAUACACACAGUGUGCAGAUUCCGCAGUGUGCGGUAUUUAUGUCGACACAAAUUGAUGUGUCAAACUGAUGCCGGUUGCACAUUCAUAUUGAUCUGAGCAUUUGAAAAGAGAUGGGCUACCAGCGCAAAAAAACAAGAAAGAAGCCGAAGCCAAUUGCGGUGCUUGAGGACGUGAUUAAGGAGGACAAUGAAAAGGAGGAAAAUGAAAAAGAUUCGGGCAUAAGAACCAUCAAAACGCAGUUGCGUUCCAUUCUUCAGCCGGAAUACCGUGACUUCUUGAUUGCAGCCAUCACCGACAGAUCAAUGAUGGCAACGAAAAUUUGUGCACUCGCCUCGCAGUUGUUCCUGUUCCGUUGUGAGCGCGCAUUCGACGACAAUGACAAAGCAUUUUUUGAAAAUAAUGGCGAAAAGGUGAUUCGGUCAUGUUUCUACGGUGUCCUGAAGAAAAAUAUUUACAAGAAGAAGAAAAUGCCGCCGGAAUUUCGUAAAAUGGUUCAUCAGCUGGAGAUAGCCAUCGAGUGGUUUGGCUCAACGCAGACUAAUUCGGCAACGGAAUGAAUGAUAUAAUAAAUCCGUACGUAACGAACGUAAAAAACAACUUGAAGGCGCAUAGCAAGAAACGCCUGCGCGAAUGGCUGCGGGUAAAAGUGUUUGAAUCUUCGUUGGUUGCUCGAUACGAACAGGCCGACAUCGACCGUGUGAUUAGUUUGGCAAUUUUUGGCAAUGACGAAAUUGAAAUCAAUGGCAUGGAUGAUGUUGCCAAACGUGAGCGGCGUAACUUGUUGAUUGAAAUGGUCACGAAGAACAGUUGGUGGGACAUACCAGACAACAACAUCGGCCUAUUCACAAAUGGGAAGAACUGGUUCAAAAGCAUCGCAUUCUGGAUUUCCCUCCAGCGGGAAAUUGAUGAUUUCAACACUUGCGAGGAAUAUCGUGAAGAACGCCGAUGCCAACGCGAAGAGUUUCAAGAGCUGAAUCGAUGCCGACGUCGAAAUCACCGUCCGUGGACUUGCCAGCAGCCAGUUGAUCGAGGCCAAAAUGGAAAUGAGUACAUUGAGAAAGGGCCGCCGAGAGUGAAAAAUCUGGCAGUGAUUCCCAUUUGCAGUUUCACUCGUACCCACUUCACGUUGGACAAUAAGACAUUGUACUAUUUGUUGCGUCAACUGGAAAUCGUACCACUUAACAUCACAGAGGACGAGUUCAGAAAACAAAAGGAGUAUUAUUGGGGCCAAUACUUCGAUAUGCGGAAAAUCUAUCAUCUCGGUCGCAGUAGAAAAAAGUUCCGUUUCCGAAUUCUCUCGAAUGGACAGGCCGUAUCGCUACAAUUCGAUAUUGACAAAACGAAAUUGAAACCAGUUGACAAAAAGGCCAUUGCUCAAAACUACAAAGAGUUUGUCAAUGAAGGUGGAACUGAUCCGGGUGUGAAUACGUGGAACGCAACAACGGCACAUAACAUCGAAACUGGCAAAGAGACGAACUACACGAUCAGCAGCAAACAGUAUCAUUACUGAACGAAGCAAAAGGUUCGAAAUCGACAGGGAAAGCGGUGGACCAAAGACUUUGUCAAGGAAGAGAGGCAGGAUCGUGAAAAUCGUGCGCUCUAUCCGGUGAUGCCAUCGCCAUUGGGUAGGCACUGGAAGGACUACAUUCUUCAUCGAUUCAAAAUGACGGAACGUGGCAUUGCCGUGUAUACGACAGACAAAUACACGAGACUGAAUUUUGACAAGUACGUUCGAGCAAACAGUGUGACCGAUAGCAUAGCCGGAAUGUUGACCAACCAUCAGCCAUCACUCAUGCAUUUCGGAGCUGCUCAAAUGUCGCCCAGUUCACCCAUCGGCAUCAAAAAGACACUGCGUUGCCCGGGCAAUCGGAAAAUGAUACGAAGCUACAAAAAGUGUCCUGGGGCCUGUUUUUCGAAAACUGUUCACAUGAACUUUUCAUUGAAUAUGUUCAGAUUGAUUAAUAAUUCACUAUUGGAAGGAAAGUUUUCAAACUGUUUAUUUUUUAAAAUAAGACGGUUUUCCAUUUUACUUUUUACUAGAUGCUAGUAAUCAAUCAAUCAAAUUUGAACAUUUCAAUGAAUAAAUUUUAUUCAUUUUUUCAUAUGAAAGACCUUCGAUUCCAAUUUUUGAACGGCAAUUUUCUUUGUUUUCGAUAUUUUAACCAUGGAAGUGGUUUCAUUGUAUUCAGAUGUACCUCAGACACUCAUUCGAUUCAAUAAAGAAUCAAAAACGUGAAGAUUUGAAAAUCUCGCCAAAAAAAAUUUCAAUCGAUUUUUGUUGAAAUUUUUUGUUCUUGGUAUUUUAGUCGUAUGAAUGGAUUCAUUAUGUUCACUUGGACCAUAGAAACUCAUUCAGUUCAUAAAAGUACAGAAAAUAGUUCCAUUUCAAUUUUUAGUGAAAAAAAAUCAAGUCAUUUUUCUACGAGAUUAAAAUAAAUAGAAUUUCCGAUUACAAAUUUUUCGAUUCAAAUGAUUCAACCACGCUCAAUGGAAUUCUAUGAACUCAUUCUAGCCAUAAAAAAGUGCCUGUGUGAUCGAUUUUGAAUUUUUGAAAACAUACAAUUUGGUUUUUUUUUUGUUCUGAAACACAGAAGAUAGAAAGAAAAUUUUCACAAAAAUUCAAAAUCGAUAACACAGACACUGUUUUGUGGUUGGAAUGAAUUCAUAGAAUGCCAUUGAGUGUGAUUGAAUCAUUCAAAUCGAUAAAAUUUUCGAAUUAAAUAAAUUUGUAAUCGGAAAUUUUAUUUCGAUCUCGUACAAAAAUGACUGAAAUGUUUUUUUCACGAAACCUUGAAAUAUAUUUAUAGUUUAUACUUUUAUAAACUGAAUGAGUUUCUAUGAUCCAACUGAACUCAAUGAAUCCAUUCACACGAUUAAAAUACCAAGAACGAAAAAUUUCGCUGAUCAAAAGUUGAUGUCGAAAAUCCCUCAUGUAGGGGACAAAAUCGAUUGAAAUUUGUUUCAGUGAGAUUUUCAAAUCUUCUCAUUUUUUAUCGUUUAUUAAAUUGAAUGAGUGUCUGGGGUAUAUUUGAAUACAAUGAAACCACUUCCAUGGUUAAAAAAACGAAAACAAAAUUUUUUUGUCGUUUAAAAGUUGGAAUCGAAGGAUGAGGGACCUUACUUAAGGGACAAAAUUGAUACAAAUUUUCUAAAAUAUUUUCAACGGUUUUCAAGCCUACUCGUUUUUGUUAGUUUAAUAAAUUGAAUCAGUUUUUAAGGUCUAUUUGAACUCAAUUGAUAUGUUGAUAUUGAAGAAAAGACCGGCCCGAAAAUUAUGCCAUUGAAAUUAAAAACUAUUGUUUCUUAUAGUUAAUUGAUUUUGUUAGGUUGAUAGAGAUUCAUUGAAAACAUCGAAUACAAAAAAGGAUUGGGUUUUGUCUAUGAAAAUCAGUUUUACUUUUUUCCAUUAUUAAAUAUUAAAUAAUUCAA